AUUCUUAAAAAAUGACGGAGAUUGUAUGAUAAUUUUCUAACCCCAACGUUUGUUUACUAGUUGUUUUUCAAUGCCUUGAAACAUUUAAUUACAAAAUGUUUCAGGCAGUUUUAAAGCGCUGCUUACUUCCGUCGAACUUGAAAUUGUUUAGUGUAGCCCGCUCAGCUACUAUAAGAAGAAUUCAUGUAACCCCAGCUUUAAAACACGGCGAAUAUGAGUGGCAGGAUCCCAAGUCAGAGGAAGAGGUUGUAAAUAUCGUAUACGUAACUAAGGACGGUAAAAAACACCCAGUAAGAGGCAAGGUCGGCGACAACGUGUUGUAUUUGGCUCAUAGAUAUGGAAUCGAAAUGGAAGGAGCAUGUGAAGCAUCACUAGCAUGUACAACCUGUCACGUAUAUGUCAAUGAGAACUAUCUGGACCAGCUACCGCCAUCUGAAGAGAAGGAAGAUGAUUUACUUGAUAUGGCGCCGUUUUUGAAAGAGAAUUCUAGAUUAGGUUGUCAAAUUAUACUAACCAAAGACCUGGAAGGCAUGGAACUACAACUACCGAAAGCUACAAGAAACUUCUAUGUGGACGGACAUACGCCUACACCUCACUGAGUCAAUGUGCAAACUUCAUGGUACUACAGGAUUUA